AUGCAAUCUAUACAACGCAAAUUUUCAACCCUCACGACAUUCAACCAUGACCUGAUCGAAUUCACCAACCAACCAAUUCUCAACCUCUCAGCGCAAACCUAUGCGCAUCUACGUGUCUACUUCACGCCGACAACCAUCAAGGGAACCAAGUUUUUCUAUGUAGAAAAAAGAAAUAUUCCUUUCCCCGAUGGAACCCGGGGCUUCUUUUACUACCGCCAGGACCCACGGUUCCCACUCAUCGACGGCGCGGUACGCUUCCGCGUGGUCCCACCCGACGCCGACACAUUCGACGCACCAGGAGCCGAAGACCUACGCACACCGGACGGUAAAACAUGGCAGCGCAAACUCUUCUUCAUCUACCUCCGCCGCGACAAGACAGUGCUCGACAAGCUCGAGGCGGAGAAGCUCGUUCACCGGGACGCACGGUCUCUGCACCUCACCUUCGUCAAGCGGUUUAACAGACAAAAAAGUGUGAAGAGGCUGUUGGCAGACGAGACGUUGUCGGACAAGGAGAGGGAGUGGGCAGAGCUGCGGGCUCAGAUGGUGAGGGAACGGAGGGACUCCGAGCCAUUGCCACGUCGUCCGAGGGCGCCAUCGACGCGCGGGCGGGGCCGUCCACCUCGUCCACACCGGAAAGUCAAGGUUAGACCCGACCCAGCAACGACCGUCAUCCCCGCUGGACUAAAACGCAGGAGAACGGACGAACGCGUCGCACUUGAGUAUUGCAGAUUGUACACACCCAACGACACAUUCACCAUCGACCUUUCGCGCGUUUGUCUUUAUCUUCAUGUUGGUAAGCCCAACACCCCUAUCGACACACGCCUCGAUAUAUACUACAUAUUCCGCGAUAAGCGCGAUAUGUACACACAGGAGAGCAGUCAUGGCGUGGCGCCGUAUUCUGUAAUCGAUUUUUUUAUGGAUUUCAUAGUAGUACAAUUUGUGCAGUAUGGAGCUGACUCAUAUCCCUCCCCAGGCAAAAUAACCGCCCGCUUCGAACUCAAAACUAUGCCCGACUCCAAAAACCAGCCGCGGACAUACUUCUUCAUCCGCGUAGUCGACAUCCUCGAACCCAUCAUCCCACUCGUGGAAGGAUACGAUGGAUUCAUUGACAAACCUGUCAUAGGGCGUUUACUAGGGCGACAGUCGCAACGGAGCGGGAAGGGUAAACGAGGGGCGGAUGCAAGUGUAAGCGCGAGCGGCAGUCCAAAUACAAGUGUAAGUGUAUCAGGACGCAAGAAAAAGAAGGCAGACGUAACGGAGGGAGAGUAUAGAGAGGACAAGGCGACGGCGUUCUGGAGGAUGCCUGUCGAGUCCCCACGGGGCCAGAAGCUGCUGGCGCUAUUUGAGGAGGCGGGUGCGAAUUCUUGA